GUAGGGGAGCUCGCCUUUCCUGCCUCACUCGCAGCUGCCGGGUAUUUAGGAGAGAGUCUCCCGCCUCCGGACCGGCGUGCAAACCUCUGAUCCUGGAGCCGCUCGGCCGCUGGGAACCGUCCCCUUGGGUCGUCGCCCGGGCCGCCCGCCGUUCCCCGGCCCCGAGGGACCCGGCUGGCAGCGGCGUGGGGAGAGAUCAGCAUGAGCCAAGGGGUCCGCCGGGCAGGCGCUGGGCAGGGGGCAGCGGCCGCGGUGCAGCUACUGGUCACCCUGAGCUUCCUCCGGAGCGUCGUCGAGGCGCAGGUCACUGGAGUUCUGGAUGAUUGCUUGUGUGAUAUUGACAGCAUCGAUAACUUCAAUACCUACAAAAUCUUCCCCAAAAUAAAAAAAUUGCAAGAGAGGGACUAUUUUCGUUAUUACAAGGUUAAUCUGAAGCGACCUUGUCCUUUCUGGGCAGAAGAUGGCCACUGUUCAAUAAAAGACUGUCAUGUGGAGCCCUGUCCAGAGAGUAAAAUUCCGGUUGGAAUAAAAGCUGGGCAUUCUAAUAAGUACUUGAAAAUGGCAAACAAUACCAAAGAAUUAGAAGAUUGUGAGCAAGCUAAUAAACUGGGAGCAAUUAACAGCACAUUAAGUAAUCAAAGCAAAGAAGCUUUCAUUGACUGGGCAAGAUAUGAUGAUUCACGGGAUCACUUUUGUGAACUUGAUGAUGAGAGAUCUCCAGCCGCUCAGUAUGUAGACCUGUUGCUGAACCCAGAGCGUUACACUGGCUAUAAAGGGACCUCUGCAUGGAGAGUGUGGAACAGCAUCUAUGAAGAGAACUGUUUCAAGCCUCGAUCUGUUUAUCGUCCUUUAAAUCCUCUGGCACCUAGCCGAGGCGAAGAUGAUGGAGAAUCAUUCUACACAUGGCUAGAAGGUUUGUGUCUGGAGAAAAGAGUCUUCUAUAAGCUCAUAUCAGGACUUCAUGCUAGCAUCAAUUUACAUCUAUGCGCAAAUUAUCUUUUGGAAGAAACCUGGGGUAAGCCCAGUUGGGGACCUAAUAUUAAAGAGUUCAAACGCCGCUUUGACCCCGUGGAAACCAAGGGAGAAGGUCCGAGAAGGCUCAAGAAUCUUUACUUUUUAUACUUGAUUGAGCUUCGAGCUUUGUCAAAGGUGGCUCCAUAUUUUGAGCGCUCAAUUGUCGAUCUUUACACUGGAAAUGCAGAAGAAGAUGCUGACACAAAAACUCUUCUACUGAAUAUCUUUCAAGAUACAAAGUCCUUUCCCAUGCACUUUGAUGAGAAAUCCAUGUUUGCAGGUGACAAAAAAGGGGCCAAGUCACUAAAGGAGGAAUUCCGAUUACAUUUCAAGAAUAUCUCCCGUAUAAUGGACUGUGUUGGUUGUGACAAAUGCAGAUUAUGGGGAAAAUUACAGACUCAGGGUUUAGGAACUGCCCUGAAGAUAUUAUUCUCUGAAAAAGAAAUCCAAAAGCUUCCAGAGAAUAGUCCAUCUAAAGGCUUCCAGCUCACCCGACAGGAAAUAGUUGCUCUUUUAAAUGCUUUUGGAAGGCUUUCUACAAGUAUAAGAGACUUACAGAAUUUUAAAGUCUUAUUACAACACAGUAGGUAAUAAAGGCUUUUAUGUGUCUAACUAGAGACAUAAAGUGACUGUGGAAAGCCUUUUAAUUGUGGACAUUCAGCAGAAAGAGACUAGUCUGACUUCAAGAAUUCUGAACUCUUAAAUAGAAAAUUUAAAUGCUCACUUGAAUAUUUAUGAUUCUUAAUAGUAUCAACUAGAGAUAUUUAUAAAUGAAGUAUAUACUUUUAAAACAUGUAAGUUAUACUAAUUCUGUGUUUAAUUUCAUGUGUUUUCAUGUGCUGAAAAUUCUAUUUUUUUUAGAAUUGGUUUUGUUUUUAUUCUAUUAUCCUUUAUUUCCAGUUGUCAAACUUUAGAUGACUAUGUCUGCAUUCUAAGAACACUGUUCACAGUCUGAUAUGGAAAAGGAGAACUAGGGAACAAAUGUUGCUUAGGGCUGGUGUCAGUGAUAAAAAAUUAUCAAUGCUUCUUAAUGUUUUUACUCUUGCCUCACUCUGUGUGUGUCACUUUCUAUAAUAUAAAGAAAUAUUAUAAUAUUUCUAGAAUCUGGAACUGUCACCAUGAUGAAUGGCCCUUUCAGUACAUAGUUACAGAAACUCCUUAAGAUUCCCCAGGACUUCAAUUUCACUGGAUUUUAGUUGCAGCUUUUAGUUGCUGUUAUUGUUGCUGUUUCCAGUCUAAAGGACCUGCUUUGAUAAAGGUGAACAAGACCUCUCCCCUAUGCUACCCAGCCAGAUUUCAUGUGUGUAAUGGGCUGGCCCAAGAGUGUUCUUUUACUUAGAACUCCUUUUGAUUUUGCUUUUCUUUGCCCCUAGAAAUUUUAGGGACAAAGACAUUUUGGAAAUUGUCAGUUACUUUUAGAAAGAAAACAUUGCAGAAAUAUUUAACAGAUUACUUCUUGGUAAAAUUUAAAUGGGAUUAUAUGAAUUUAUAAUGCCAACUGAAAAUAUUGUAUACACAAAAGUUGCUAUUUUCACUUAAAAGUAAGCAUUUUUAAAGGAUUUAUUUUAGAAUACAGUCUAUGCAAUCCUCAAACUCAGUGUGCUUUUCCCUGACAGAAUAUAUAAAAAGGUAGAUUAAGUCAACCCUCCUUUAAGCUUCCUCUCCCCUCACCUUUUCUUUUCACUGUACAUAAACGGUACUUUCUGUGUUUCGUAGCAACAGAGGACUCUCAAGUUCUAAACUGUCAUUUUCUAAAUCUGGGAUUUAAAAUCUUUAAACAAUAUUUAAAAUCUUGAUUUUUUUUAAAUGUCAGCAGAUACAAUUUGGAAAGUUGCAUCUGUGUAGAAGUAAUGUAGGUACAAGAUCUAGAGUUUUUCCUUAGACUCUUUAGUCUUUUCUGAAUUAAAGAAUAAGUGCUCUUAAAUCCAUAUUUUAUCCUGCCAAAGUCUGAAAUGUGUUCAUUGAUGAUUUGGUGACAUCUAAAACAUUGUAUUUAGCUGGCUUGGCUCACCCCUCUUAAAAAUACUUAGCCAUCUCUCGGUGGGAUGUGCCGGGGGUAUUAAGGUCUCAGAGUUAUUUAUUUUCUCACCUAAUUUCAAACCGUUAUAAACUUGGGGUUUUGUUACUGAUGGUGGUGAUAUUUUUUGUUAAGUUGUCUAAAAGGCUGACUUGAUUGGAGCCUCCUCUACUUUUUCUUGAGGGAUGCAAGUAUUGUAUGGUGGGCGGGGGGGCGGCCUUAAGGCAAACUGUCUAAAAAGUGACUAUCCAAUUAGUUUAGUAAAUUAGUAAGAAUUAUUCUUAGUAUUCAUUCAGUUUUAAGAUGUGAAAAAUUUGCACUUUGUUUAUUACUAUAAAUGUAAAGAACUUUUUGAUAGUGUUAUUUCACCCUUCCCUCAGUUAAAGGCUAUUAUUUAAACUGUUUAUUAGAGAAAAUCCUUGCUCAUGUCCAUUUAUUUAUUUCUGUACUGUGAUUUGUUUCAAGCUUAGGAAAACUAGUAUAUUAGAAUAUGUUCUAGGAAAUUAAAAGAUCUAGUUAGAGUAGAAAGUUCUUUUUAAGGUUCUUAACUAAUUUUUUUCACAACUAAGAAAAUAAAUGAACUCUUCUUAGGCUGAAAUUCAUUUUGAUUAACUUUAUUUUAUCAUAAAUUAGAUUGUAGGGGGCAGCCUACAUUUUUGUGUAUGUGUUUUAUUUCUUAAACGAUUGUGUGAGCCUGGUGACAUUUUAUGGUUCUUGUGAUAUAAACUGUUUUUCCAAUUCACAUCUUUUGUUGUGAAGUGAUAUUAUACUAGAGUACUGUCUGCAUUGUAAAAAUGCUUUGCUGGUGCUCUUGGCAUUUUGUCUUUAUCUCAUCACCUAAUUUAAAGCACUUGAUAAUAUAACUGACAGAAAUGAUUGUAACUGCUGAUGAAGUAAUGAAAAUGAAGAAAAGGAAACUAUUCCUUCCUUCAAUGGCAUAAGUUUAUUUUUUACUUAAGUGGCAUCUAUGUAAGUUAGACAAACUAUAUAUUAAAAUUGGUAAACUUUGAAUGUUUCUCCUGUUUUGAUUCUUAGAUGAUGAGGAGGAUCAGACAGAAUAGUAAUAGACUCCACAGUUUUAAAAUUUGAUAAGUCAAAACGUUUUGACAUUUUUGACAUUGUGAAUUAUUCGAUAUUUUUCUUCUCUGUAUGUGUAUGAAACUCUGUGCCUACUUCUGAACUUUGCCUGUGUGCCGCAAUUAAGAAAGGACACCUAUUUUGAUCUUCAUCAGCAUUGCCUUCAGCUGAAAAUUUGGGAACAGUUCACAGUAAACCUCUCAGUAGUUUGCAAACUGAGGUACCUGCAGAAACCACAGCUACUCACCAAAAUAUGCAGAUUAGGUACAUGGUAUCAUGGAAAUUAUUUGGUAAAAAAACAAAAAAACACAAAUCUUGUGUACUGUAUUUUAAGUAAUAUCUACAGGUGAAGCUUUGAUUUUUGAACAGAAUUCCAAAUAAUUUACUGUUGUACCUACCAUAAUCUAGAAAAUGUGAAUUAAAGUACAGGUUUCUGCAAUCUUUUCUGUCUUGUUUUUCCCCCUAUUUUAAGUGUUUCCUUUUAUGGCAUGAGGAAUUGAUUGUAACCUGCGGAGAAGGGAGAAGAUGUAUUUAUCAGUAGUCUGAGGUUGUUUCUUAUAAUGGCAAGCAUUGGCUGGCACUCUAUGAAGGGCUUUUACAUGCAUAGUUUGGGUUUAAAUAAAUACACCGUUGAUCUUCACAACAGCACUAGUAGGUAGGUACAAUUACUUCUCUGUUUUAUAAGUGAGAAGACUGAGGAUAAAAAAGGCUAAGUAACCUGUCUAUAAUCACAAAUUCUAGGUUGUGUAGCAAGAAUUUGAGACGAGAAAGACUGAUUCUAGAAACUUUGUGAUGUUUUGUAAGUUGGCCUUUUACCAUUCAGCUACAAAGUGGGAACUAUUAAAAGCAUUAUUUGAUUUGUAUUGAAUCAUAAAGCUUAUAAAAUAUGCUUAUUUUAUUUAAUUUUUUUGAAUAGGUAAUACAUUCACAUGGUUAAAAGAAACAAACAGUAGAAAAAGUUACUCAGUGAAUGUCUUCCUUCUAUCCUUGGCCCAGCUUCCUAGACUGCACACACAUCUCCCACCAUUAAUAACCUGCGUUCUUGGUUUCUUAGGUUUCCAUUCACACUGUUUUAGACAUGUACAAACAUAAACAAAUGGAAAGUCUUAUGUUUUUCUCUCAUUUUUACUCAAAAAUUGACAUCAUAUACAUAAUAUUUCAUUUUUUUCACCUAGUAUUUCUUGGCAGUCUUCACAUAUGACUAGUUUUCUCAUUUUUUAAGUAGAUGCUUGGUAGUCUAUUAUGUGAAUGUGCCAGUGUUGAAUUAACCAGUCCUCUAUUAAUGGGCAGUUCAGUUGUUUCCAGACCUUGUACAUACAUCAUUUCACAUUUAUAUAAAUAUUGUACCUGCAGAAUACAUUCCCAAAGAUAAGAAUUUUGGGGGCAAAGACUGUGUGCAUUUAUAAUUUUGAAAGAUACUGACAUAUUGUCUUUCAUAGGGGUAGUCAUCAAUUUACAUACCAUCUAAAAAAAUGUAUAUCAUUUUACAUACCAUCUAAAAUGUUAGCAAGUGCAUCUAAAAUGCACUUGCUAACCUGCAGCUUUACCAAUGGAUGUGUUAUUAAAAUGUUGGAUUCUGGCCAUUCUGAUAGAUGAAAAUAUAUAUCAAUGUGUAAAUUAUUUUAUUUUCCUUUUUUUUCCCUUAAAAGAGACAGGGUCCCACCUUAUCACCCAGGCUGGAGUGCAGUGGUAUGAUCAUAGUUCACCGUAGCCUCAAACUCGUGGGCUCAAGUGAUCCUCCAGCCUUAACCUCCUGAAUAGCCUGGAUUAUAGGUGCACAGCACACACCUGACUGCUCAGUAUGUACAUUUUUAUGAUGCCUAAGGUUGAUCACCUUUUAAUGUGUUUAGGAGCCAUUUGUAUUUCCUUUUGUGUUCCCAUAUUAUUUUGUUCCUAUCCAUUUUUCUACUAUAUCGUUGAUAUGUUAUUUGUUUAUUAGGGACAUGAACCCGUUGACAGUAAUGAGUUGCAAAUAUUUUCUUUCCAAUUUGUCAUCUGUCUUUUGCUUAUAAUGGUUUUGUCAUGAGUUUUAAAAAAAUUUUAUGUAGUCUGAAUUACCAAUUUUUUAGUGGUUCCUGGAUUUUGAGUCAUAAUUAGAAUGUUUUUCUCAAUCCAGAGCAAUAGAAUAAUUCACCUAAAUUCUACAUCUAAAUUUUGAACCUUUGAAGUACAUUCUGGCAUAAGAUGUAAGUUAUGGAUCUAACCUAAUUUUUUCCACAGGUGAUUAACCCAGUUGUUCCAAUAUUAUUUAUUGAACUGUUUGUUUUUUCCUGAUGAAUUUGAGAGGCUACACGGAUCUUAUCUUAGAAUCCUCAUACGUAUUUAGCUGUGUAUCUGCAUCUGUUUCUAUUUCACUGGUCUAUUUAGUCAUGCACUAGUACCACACUGCUUUCAUUACCCAGGCUGUAGUUUUACUCUAGUGCACUGGUUCUCCCUCAUUCUUCCCCACCACUUUUUUUUUUAAUACAGUUUUUCUAACUGUUCUUGUUUAUUUUUCCAUAUGAGCUUUAAAAAAUUCUUAACAUAUAGAGCAUACUAAAACUGUCCAACUCAAGUUCUCUCUCAAGGGUUGCACUUUUAACCACUUAUUUUAUCACUGUUCUUGUGAUACUUUUACCUGAUAAAGAUAUACUUUUUAUUACUUUUAAAUUAUUACAGUGUUCUAUUUGGCAGUGCCCAAACAGAUGACGGCAGAUAGAGGCAGGAGGCAAUGCCUGUGUGGACAGAAUGUCAUCUCAGUGCUUCUAUUUUAAGAUAGUCUCUAGGAAUGAUUUAAGGACUGUUCUCAUGUAAAAUCCCUUUCAUUUUUUAUUCCAUUACAAAUUAUUUGCCCAAAAGUUGGGUAUCUGUCAAAGAUUCAUAAGACAAGAGGGAGGAACCUUAAAAGAGCACUAAACUUGUAAAAUCAAUAUGUGGAUAAAAGUGCAAGUGCAAGAAGUUACUGUGG